AAUCAAUCCCCCAGAACACCAGUGUCGACCGCCGCGACAAUUCACCACUCGACCAUGGGGUCUGCGUUCACAAUGAGGUCCGUCCUCGGUCUUUUGUUCCUGUGUCUGGUCCAGCUCUCGUCUGCUCUGCACUUCGACCUCUCCGCCGUUAGCGGCAAGAAUGAGCGAUGUAUACGCAACUUCGCCCACAAGGACCAGCUGGUCGUGGUGACUGCCAUUGUGAGCGGUACCAAGGGUGAUGGCCAGGAGGUUAACAUGCAGAUCAAGGAUUCCUUGGGCAACGAACACGGUCGCCCCAGGAACAUCGUCGGAGAGACUCGCCAGACCUUCACUCCUCCCCAGGACACUUCCUUCGACGUGUGCUUCGACAACCAGCUUACCACCCGACAGGGCGUGUCCAACCCCUACCGGUCCGUCGAACUCGACGUCGACAUCGGCGCCGACGCCCGUGACUGGUCCAGCAUCCAGGCCCACGAGAAGCUCAAGCCCAUCGAGACCGAUCUCCGUCGCAUGGAGGAGAUGGUCGCCGAGGUGGUCAGCGAGAUGGAGUACCUGCGGGCCCGUGAGCAGAAGCUGCGCGAUACCAACGAGAGCACCAACGAGCGUGUCAAGUGGUUUGCGUUCGGAACGAUGGGCAUGCUGGUUGGACUGGGUGCUUGGCAGGUCGUUUAUCUGAGGGCUUACUUCAGCUUAACUAUUCGCCAUUCCCCAGCUCUAGUCUCGCCUUCCCUCCUCUCCCCAGAUUUCCCAAUAUCCCAAGACCAAAAACCACCAGGGAAAAGUCACCAUGUCAGCCCCACGAUUCAUGCACACCAUCCUGCGCCCCUCCGCGUCCAUCGCGAGAACCAGACCUCCAAGCCCCCUAACCAAUUCGUCCCCCACUCCACCUCCACCAUGACCAAGGACUACCCCAAGGUCGGCGAGAAGCCUGCGCCCCCCGAGAUGCUGAACUCGGUCGAUCCAAACUACAGACCCGCGGACCCGUACCCGGGCAAGGUCGAGCACUUCACCGGCGGUCGGCAGCAGCCCGGGGCGCAGAAGCCGGAGCUGGGGGUCGGCGAGAUGGAGGGGAUUACUUUUAAGGUUGAGCCGCUGAAACGGACGGGAGAGGAUCUGGCCACGAUGAGGGCGAGAUUACUCUACCAGAGUCGCAAGCGCGGCAUCCUCGAAUCGGACCUCCUGCUUUCGACCUUCGCGGACGUCUACCUCAGCAAGAUGGACAAGGCGCAGCUCCAGGAGUUCGACCGGUUCCUGGACGAGAACGACUGGGACAUCUACUACUGGGCGACGCAGGAUGCGCCGGAGGAGGCCGAAGGCGUGGCAUCGGACACGCCGACGGAGACGUGGAAGCGCACCGGGGCCAAGAGCGGUGAGUGGACGCAGACAGUCGGCGCCUUCAAGGCUGCAUACCGGCCCGUUCCGACACGAUGGGCCGACUCGGAGAUCUUGACUCUGCUGAGGGCCCAUGUGCAGGAUAACAGUGCCACUGGGUUCCAUGCGGCGAAGAAUAAGAAGACCGGGGGGAGUGGGUUGGGGCGGAUGCCGAAUGUGCAGACUCCGAACAUGGCUGAGCAGCUGGUCCUUCGCGGCACCCUCGAGGGCCACAAUGGCUGGGUUACUUCCCUUGCCACCUCUCUGGAGAACCCCAACAUGCUGCUGUCUGGCAGUCGCGACAAGUCUCUGAUCAUCUGGAACCUCACCCGCGACGACCAGGCCUACGGUUACCCCAAGCGCAGCCUCGAGGGUCACUCCCACAUCGUCUCGGACUGUGUCAUCUCCUCCGACGGUGCCUACGCUCUGUCCGCCUCGUGGGAUAAGUCCCUCCGUCUGUGGGAGCUCUCCACCGGCGAGACCACCCGUACCUUCGUUGGCCACACCAACGAUGUCCUCUCCGUUUCCUUCUCCGCCGACAACCGCCAGAUUGUCUCCGGUUCCCGUGACCGCACCAUCAAGCUGUGGAACACCCUCGGUGACUGCAAGUACACCAUCACCGACAAGGGCCACACCGACUGGGUUUCCUGCGUGCGCUUCAGCCCCAACCCCCAGAACCCCGUCAUUGUCUCCUCCGGCUGGGACAAGCUUGUGAAGGUUUGGGAGCUCGCCUCCUGCCGCCUCCAGACCGACCACAUCGGUCACACCGGCAACAUCAACGCCGUCACCAUCUCCCCCGAUGGCUCCCUCUGCGCCUCCGGUGGUAAGGACGGCACCACCAUGCUCUGGGACCUCAACGAGUCCAAGCACCUCUACUCCCUCCACGCUGGUGACGAGAUCCACGCCCUUGUCUUCUCCCCCAACCGCUACUGGCUCUGCGCUGCCACCACGACCAGCAUCACCAUCUUCGACCUCGAGAAGAAGAGCAAGGUCGACGAGCUCAAGCCCGAGUACAUCGAGAAGGGCAAGAAGAGCCGUGAGCCCGAGUGUGUCUCUCUGGCCUGGAGCGCUGACGGCCAGACUCUGUUCGCUGGUUACACUGACAACAAGAUCCGUGCUUGGGGUGUCAUGUCGCGGGCAUAGAUUCAGAUAAAAAUCAAAACAUUUUAAAACCGUGAGCUUGUUUAAAUGUUCGAAAAAAGGGAAGGGAACAAAAAAACAUUGCAAGGAGAGAGAGAACAAAUGAGAGGAAAGAAAUAACCAUUUUAUUUUCCAAUUUUUUUUUUACACCCUGUUCACUUUUUGUUUUUUUUCUUUCCCCUUAAAACUUUCGUCCACUAUUAAGGGCAAGCAGGCUGUUGGUUUGGGAUGUAUGAAGCCAUGAGCAAUGAAGUACCCCCCUCUGGAGACGUGGAUUUUAUGUUCUAAAAGGGCUCCUUAGUUGGAUUUUUCUUUUUAAUAACUGAAGUCAAUCUCUCCGGGGCGGGUUUUCUAAACAUGUCUAGACCGUCACUUGAUUUCGUCAUCUCCAUCUAUCUGACGGGAUGUUUGGGAUCUUGUGAGGGGAUGGACAUGCGAUGUUCUAAUACCACUUUUUUUCUCCAAGACAUGAAUGUUCUUGAUUCG